UGUAACAUAUUUUGGUAUAAAUCCUGGCGGACCUGCAAAAGUUUAUGUAGGACUUCCAAGGCUCCGUCAGUAUCGCCUGAAAACAGCAUCUGAUUGCUAAGGCCGACCUUAUUUCAUAAACGAAUAAACCUGGUCCAAUCGGUUCAACCGUUUGCAUCGCUAUAAACGAAAACGUCCCUAACUGAGAGAAGGACGGAAGUGUCAAGAGUUAUGUACCAAUGACAAUGGGAGUAGACUUGGCCUUGUACAGGGCUCGUAUUGGAAACUUUGUACAAAGAAAGACAGGACAAGGACUCUCCAAUAUAGAAUACCUACUGAAAGCCAUAGCCAGUGUGAGACAUGGGCUAGUAAGAAGUUGGCAGUGUAAGGGAACCGUCCCAUUUAUUGACCUACUGCUCCUGGCACAAGGAGUGGAACCAAACCCAGGACCAGGAGUUAAAGACCAGCAGGAUCCCCAGUUAGCCAGUAACAACGAAGAAACCAGCAGCUACACAGGGGAACCAGUCGGUAGACAUUUAAGCAGAGAAGCAGCAUCCUCAUAUGAUGUUCAUCACAAUGUUGAAUCAUCUCACAUGAGAUCUGAAGUAGUCCCUAGUCAGGAGCAAAUCAACCUUGAAAGAGGCCAACUAGAGGAGAUGGAGUAUGGUGAGGAAACCACAUCACCCAAAACAACACUACCAGAGGAAAACACUGACAGCAGGGGAUAUCAGAAAGGAGACAGGAUUCCCAAUAUUCAAACUAUCACAGCUGGUGCUAGUGGUCCUGAAAUAAAACAUUUUCCUGUAGGUAAAAUGGUGCCAGCUUACCUGCAAGGAGAAAAUACAGAAGUGACAACGGUGGCAUUCAGCCAAACCCAGGGAGGGGCUACAGGGACAAUGGUGCCUGCUCACCCCCAUGGAGGGGCUACAGGGACAAUGGUGCCUGCUUACCCCCAAGGAGGUACAACAAUGAUGCAAGUACAAGAGCAGAACAUACGCAACGUGAACUUUUCACUUAGCGGAGCAGAAACCAAUGUGUUUGGAGAUCACAACACUAUCACUAUCAACAAAACGGAUGAUGAAGCUAAAGCCAUCAUGACAGACAUGACAGCCUUGAUGACAGACGUCAAGGAAGUGUUGUCUGAAUUCAAACAGACUAGGGACAGACAGAAUGUGGACCAGAGGAUGCCACAGAAAAAGUCACAAAAGACAUCAGGAACUCAGACCAGUGCUGUCACCAAAAGUAAGGAGAACAAUCCAAGGCAUGAUCAAUCUGGAGAAGAAGAAAAAGAAAAAGAGGUAUCAGCAAGACGCAAGUACUCAGAAGAUGCAGCAGAAGCUACCAUUGCCAAGUUUAUAGAUGACUCUGAGGAAGUCCUUGUGGAGAGGAGGGAGGGCAUUAAGGCAGUGCUUCAGCGUCUAAAAGAUUACAACAUGGCCGUUAUUACUGGGGUAACAGGGGAAGGGAAGACAACUUUAGCAGCACACAUAUUGAAAGCCCUUAGGGAUGGUAAGCUUGAUUCAGCAAUUGAAGCAAAAACACCACUUCAGAUGUUAAUUCCUGAAGAUUGGACAGCAGUGGUAGGUGCUAAAGAAGGUGGUGCUAAAGAAGUGGUUUUUGUAGAUGACUUAUUUGGAACAUCUAAUUACCAAGUAGAUCUACUUAACAGAUGGAAGCCAUUUUUCAGUAAAAUAAACCAGUGCUUAGAAAAGAAAAAGGUCAUGUUGCUUUUAACCUCCCGCACCCACAUUCUAACAGAUGCCAGACGCGAUGCAGGUGUCACAGAUGACAACAUAGAUCAUAUUCUAUCAGGAAAGAAAGUUGUUGAUAUCACAUACAAAUACCAGCUCACACCUGAAGAACAACAAAAUAUGUUAGGGAAUUACUCUAUCCUGUACAAAAGAGAGAAUGACUUCAAGUACAGUAUACCCUCUCAAACACAAAACAGGUCUAUUGGGUUUCCACAAGUAUGCAGUCUAUUCUUUAACGAUCCCCAAUUAUAUGAAAAGGGUCAGAAGUUUUUUGAGAAUCCAGAUAUACUACUUGAAAAGGAGAUAAAGAAAAUGAGUGAAUGUGAGCCAAAUAAAUACUUUGCCCUGGUUUAUUGCUUUUUACAGCAAAACCAAAGAGUUGACAGCAGAGACCUGAAUCCACUUACUAUGCCUAAGGACGAGGGGAAAAUGUUGAAGGUCUAUGCAGAUGUAUGCGGUGUGGAUAGUAAUAAUCCUACAGCUGUACUAAAAAAGGCUUUGUUUUCCUUGACAAGGACCUAUCUCAGCAAAUAUGACACAGUUUACACAUUCAGUCAUGAAUCAGUUGCAGAAAAUGUUUGUCUGGUGUUUGGUUCAGAAAAUCCACAGAUUACACUACAGAAAUGCAGCAACCGUGUUAUUCUGGAGCUUUUGAAUUUGUCCCAGGCUGAUCGACCAACCCUUCCACACAUGCGUGUACCAGAAACCUGCUUUGACGUAUUGUCAAAGAGGAUUUACAAAAUGCUCACAAAAGGUCACAUGAUAAGUUGGGAAAGGCUCACAUUAGAAUCCUUUCCUAGAUUCCAAAACAAAAAGUUUGCAGACCAUUUCUUUGAGUAUCUGUCAAAGCGCAAGCUGAUAAAAGAAAUAAUCACUGUUCAUGAUAAUGGUCAGAGUAGUCUACUUUCAGCUUGUGCAAACAAUGUGGCUUUUUUGUCAGCACUAUACCGGUCAAAAGUUGACCUUGAUAUGAUCAGUCAACUCGGGGCUCUCCGUUUUACCGCCUGUAUACAAAAAGCAUUGCUCCGGGCCAUUGAGUGCAAGAACACUCAGUCUAUUGAACUGUUACUAAACCAAGGAGCAGUUUUCGACACUUCCUGUCUUGAAUCUGCACUCAGGUUCCAAAAUGAUCAAAACAUCAUGAAAACAGUCUUGUUUGGAAAUAUCUGGACAUCAUCUGAACUUGAAGAAUCAAGGAUUAUUAGAGACCCUACGAUAUUACAAAAAAACAGGUGCGAUGUUUCACACUUGAAACAGAGAUUGUGUAAUAUACCACCUCUCCAUACAGAAAGACAACAAGAACAAUCAAAACAAACGAGAAAUGAUGCGAAACAUGGGAAAUGUUUCCAACCUAUGUUUUCAGAGCUUCUAGCUACAGCACCAAAGAGUGAAAAUAGAGAGUCGAUUCUCAAAGCGAUUCUUGAUUCGAAGGGAAAGAAGUUGAGUGAUGUAAUCUGUAUCAGAAGAACGCUUGGAAGUCUUGAUGCUGCUUUGAUCCAAUAUGCAUUACAUCGAUGUGAUGCUGAUACAGUUCGAUUCCUGGUAUUGUCUACCAAACUCACAGAUGACCAGCUUGAUACCAUGCUGUCACAGCAAGUUCACCUUGGAAACCUGACUAAUAUAGAAAUUUUAUGCAAAGCAGGGGGUAGGUUUAGCCAUGACGAUUUUAUCCAAAGAUCAGGGUCUUGUGGCUAUGUUGUGUCUGAAACUGUCAGCAUUAUGGCAACUUUCGGACAGUUUUCGGCGGACACUCUCUCCGCCGCUUUGAAAUCGGCACUGUGUUCAGGGUCGAAAAAUACUAUUAGCGCCCUGCGAGACAAAGGAGCAAAAUAUGAUUUAGAUGAUGACACAAUUCACAAGGUUGUGUGCAGAAGGGACACGGAUGUCAUUCAAACUAUCUACAAGUAUAUCGACAAGGUCCAUGUUACUAUUGCUCUCAAUGCAGCUGUUCGCUCUGGACUGCCAAUACUAGCACAGAACUUGUUUUCACGAGGAGGGAAAUUCAGCGAAGGUGCUUUGAUUGCGGCUGUUUGUAGAACAUCUGAAGUUCUCGAAAUGGUUAAGAUAGUGACAAAUUUAGGAAAAUGGUCCUGUGAUGAUUUUACAAGAGCUCUUUCUAAAGCUGUUCAAAUAUGCAGAUCAGAUGUAGUCAGCUUUCUGCAUGAAAAAGGAGGACAAUUCAGUAACGUGAGCUUACUGAAUGUCCUCAAAUGGAAUGUAGAGCAUCGUGUACAGGCAGCCUCGAUCCGAUACAUGUUAAAUGCCAGAAAGUGGUCAGAACAUCAGAUAUGUACCGCAUUAGAAGCAGGUGUAAAGAAGCUGUUUGUCCCCGGGGGUAGUGGAAAGAAUAACUGGCCUGCGUUUGUGGAACUGAUGUUGUAUAAGGUGAAACACAUUCCAGUUGAACUAAAAGACGUUGAGAAAAAAAAAAUCGACAUCAUUAACAUCAUCAAAGUACUAGAGAAUCAGCAGCGUUCAAACCACGAUGUUUUGAUAGCUAUUCUGAACAGAAGUGUGCAACACGGCCGUGUGGACGUGGCUGCUCAUCUCAUUGAGACUGGCAAAGUAUGCGGUGACGACUGCUUGGUUGAUUCCGUAUGUAGUGAAGGUGUCCAGGGCAGUGAUAAGCUGAAGCUGGUCCGACUGGUCCGAACAUCUCGUAAUUGGUCAGAAAUCGUACAGACACAAGCUCUUGACAAAGCACUUCAGUGUGGAUACAAAGACAUUGUCAUGUUUCUGCAUGAGAAUGGUGCCAAAUUUGGUGAGGAGAGUAUUUUGCAUGCUAUACCAGUAAGCUCUCAGAUUAAUAAAUCUUUCCCUUUGGUAGAGUAUGUUCUGCGAUCCCUGGACGACUGCAGACCAUCACAUUCGUCAUUGUCAGCUGCACUGGUGAAAACCAUAGACUGUGGCUAUUACCAACUUAUGGUUGAUCUACACGGAUUGGGAGCAAAGUUUCCAGACGGAAGUCUGCGGCAAAUAGUCUGUAAAAGGUGGAAACCUGUAGAAAGAGUGAAGGCAGUAGAAUACGUGUGUAAAUCUCGACAGUGGCCUUCAGAAGAGAGGAAGGAAGCACUGUUUGAAGCAGUCAAGUUUGGUGAUUUACAAAUGACUAAAUGCAUUAUCGCUAUCGGUGCUCGGUUCUUUGAUAAAUGUUUGACAGAGACAAUGGAAAGGAAGAUGAAGCCUACACAUCGUCUUUGUAUGAUCAAACUUAUCAUUUCUGGGCAGUGCAUAUCUAAAGAGGAGAUAAACAGAGCCCGGAUCAAGGCAGCUACACGAUCAGAAGUAAAGGUUAACGCUUUUCUCCAACAGCUCAACACAGCAUAACUUUGCAUUGAAGAACAAUUAAAAGAAAAACAGCAAUAACGAUUAAAUAUCAUCUUCUUAGAUAUCUCCAACUAAAUCUUUACACAACAAGGUCAGAUGUCUUCCCUUUCAGAAUUCCUGUUGUGUAAACGAUGUCUUACAAACGUCUAUACAAACCACUGUUUAUCACAGUAGCAUUGCUCCUGGUGUCCAGCCUUAGUGUGUCGUGACGUGAACAUUAACGCUGGAGGUACGAAAACGUGAGAAUUGUGUUUAUCAUUGUUUAAUGCUAUCGAUGAACGCAUGCAUGUUCAAUGAAGUAUAAAGUUCUUGAAAGAAUAAAAGAAUUAAUAAAGGAAUAAGGAGAUGGUUAAAUGGUGGUUAAAUUGAUGAAAUAUUUUUUUACAAUAUCUUAAAAUACGAUUUAUAAGUACCUAAUAAUCAGGGAUAUACCCGUCCCUACAUUGAUCAUGGAAGUUCAUUUGUUUUACACGUGUACCGGUGUACAGAUAUACCCAUUUGAAUGAUGUAUGUUUGACCUUUGUAAAUACCCUUGUUUAUUAAUCAAAAAGCAUUAAGUUUAUGUUUUGUGUGAUGAUUAAGUUAAUCUUUAGAAUUCCAUAGCAUUUUACUCCUGUUUUGAAUAUCAAAUUCUUGAUAAAAUGCUUGAACAAGACUGAUAACUAUCUUUUGGUAAUUUUGUUUCAAAGUGGUUUUGAAAUAAAUAUUUCAAUCAUAUAACCUUUAACGCAGAAAAUCUAUAUAACCAAUAGGUCACUGCUGUAAGUUUACUUUCAUUUUGUAAUAUUUCAUGAAUUGUAGUCAUGCACCUACGCUUACAUUUUCGACCCCGCUAUCUAUGUUGUUUUUACAAACAUAUUAUCCAUUUUCUAAUCACCACACUCGAAUUGUGCCCCUUUGCAUAUUUUUUUAAUCCGGGGUCUUUAUGGAAAUUACGUUUUUUUCUGUUUUUGGUUUAUGUAUAUAUUUUGCCCGAGGAAUUACUUUGGAUCGAUAUAUACUACUGUAGUUGGACAUCUGUUGAAUUCAAUUCCUGUGGGUUACAUGUCUGGUAUAUAUACCACUGUAGUUGGACAUCUGUAGAAUUCAAUUCCUGUGGUUUACAUUUAUGGUAUAUAUACUACUGUAGUUGUACAUCUGUUGAAUUCAAUUCCUGUGGGUUACAUAUCUGGUAUAUAUACCACUGUAGUUGGACAUUUGUAGAAUUCAAUUCCUGUGGCUUAUAUGUCUGGUAUAUAUACUACAGUAGUUGGACAUCUGUAGAAUUCAAUUCCUGUGGUUUACAUGUCUGGUGUAUAUACCACUGUAGUUGGACAUCUGUAGAAUUCAAUUCCUGUGGUUUAUAUGUCUGGUAUAUAUACUACAGUAGUUGGACAUCUGUAGAAUUCAAUUCCUGUGGUUUACAUGUCUGGUAUAUAUACUACUGUAGUUGGACAUCUGUUGAAUUCAAUUCCUGUGGCUUACAUGUCUGGUAUAUAUACUACUGUAGUUGGACAUCUGUUGAAUUCAAUCCCUGGUAUAGUAUACUGCUGUAACAGUACCUUUGAAGCAUUCCAUCUAUUUGCUAGUUUAUUUCGGUGAUAGGGCACUAAUAUGAAACAUUCAAAACACUGUGUGUUUUAUAGUUCUAGUAUAUGUGCUUCUGUGCAGAACAAUAUUCGACCUUUCGUAUUGUUUUCUACUGUAAAAGUGAAAAGCAAUAUUCAAUCUAUUGUAAUGCUUACUAUUGUAAUAGUGGAGACAAUAAUUAAUAUAUUGUAUUGUUUACUACUCUAACAGAGGAGACAAUAUUUAAUAUAUUGUAUUGUUUGC